GUGGGUCUCAAAGUCCAAACGCCGUUGCUUGUUUCGUUGGUGGGCGAGACUUUCAGAGUUGGUGCAUUGGCUAUGGAUAAAGGUCAAGCAGAAAUGGAGGGGCCUAUUUUCAGGGACAUAAGGCGAUAUUACUGCGAGUAUUGUGGAAUCUGCAGGUCCAAAAAGUCUCUGAUUACUUCUCACAUCCUCUCCCACCACAAGGAUGAGAUGGAAAUGUCUAAUGUUGAUGAAGAUCGAGAAGUUGAGCAGAAAAAAUCUAAUACUUGCCAAGAGUGUGGUGUCACUUUCAGAAAACCUGCACAUCUCAAGCAGCAUAUGCAAAGUCACUCACUUGAGAGGCCAUACAUGUGUUCAGUAGAUGAUUGUCAUUCCAGCUACAGAAGAAAGGACCACUUGAAUCGCCAUCUCCUUCAGCACCAAGGGAAACUCUUUAAGUGUCCAAUUGAGAACUGCAAUCGUGAAUUUGGUUUCCAAGGUAACAUGACAAGGCAUGUCAAUGAACUUCAUAGUGAGGAUUGCCCUUCAACUAAUGGUGGGGCUCAGAAGCAGCAUGUGUGCAAGGAAAUUGGUUGCGGAAAGGUGUUUAGAUUUGCUUCGAGGCUGCGGAAGCAUGAGGAUUCCCAUGUUAAGCUAGACACAGUGGAGGCAUUCUGCUCUGAACCAGGUUGUAUGAAACACUUUACGAAUGAGCAAUGCCUUCAGGCCCAUAUCCAUUCCUGCCACCAACAUACUACCUGUGAGAUUUGUGGGACCAAGCAACUGAGAAACAACCUCAAAAGGCAUCUUCUCACACAUGAAGAUAAACAUUCAAUAGAGAGGAUUAAAUGCGAUUAUAAGGGUUGUCUUCAUACAUUUACAACUAAGUCCAAUCUCGCUAAACAUGUGAAAGCUGUACACCUAGAACAUAAACCUUUUGUCUGUAGCUUUUCGGGUUGUGGCUUGAGGUUUGCAUACAAGCAUGUGAGAGAUAACCAUGAGAAAGCUGGAUGUCAUGUCUAUACUCAGGGGGACUUUGAAGAGGCUGAUGAGCAAUUCCGGUCACGUCCAAGGGGUGGGCGUAAAAGGGAGUUCCCCGACAUACCAAUGCUGGUUCGGAAAAGGGUGACUCCACCAAAUCAAUUGGGCCAAGAGUCCGAGUACAUGUCCUGGUUACACUCACAAGAGGACAAUGACGAGCAGUGAAUGUGAAUACGAAUAUUGAUAUAUAUAGAGGUAGUAGGCGAGUAGCUU